AUGGGAAGCUUGGCUCUCAAAGACAGUGUGGCUCGCAAGGAGUUUAAAAGUGCGGUGAAGGAUUUUGAUCCUGUGCCAAUUGAGGCAUGGAGGGGCAAAAUUGAUGAUACACCUGUCACUGUGAAGCAUGAGCCGCUCAAUAUUCAGGGCGUGAAGGGAGCCACGUCUGUCUACGCCGAAGCUUUCCUUCCUCUAUGGCGUGGAGAAGGACAUUAUGAUCAUCAUCGGGCGUGGGCCUACAACUGGGAAAGUAUUGAGGUGAUGAUCAAGGGCAUAUAUUUUUUUAAGCGGAAAGUUCCCUGGAGAAAUGCCAGCUGGGAUACGUAUGUAUGUACCCUCGAGAAUUGUACCACGCCCGGUGCACAUUGCAAGUGCACUGAUGCGCUGGCUGCAUUCAAGAGCAACUGCAUUGCGUCUGGAAGAACAUGUGAUGGCUGCUCUGAUAAAUGUCAAGUGGGAAGAGAAUGCGGAAGAUGCAUGCAUUUUACGUACCUUUCGCGGUUCUAUAUUGUCGUGGAAGAGGUGCGCCCGGGAAUUUUUAAAGAGGACCUUUAUAUGCGCAGUGCCAAAUAUGAUUUUGGCCCUUUUUCUCACGAUUACCAAUCAGAAGCACCCGUAAGCGUUGCGGUGCGUGUGUAUAGCAAAAAGGAUCCCUAUAUCGCUCUGCAACGAAUAACCCAGGGCACAAAUGAUCUUGGCACAAAGGACAAUACAGCAGGCAUUGUGAUGGUCGUUGUCGGAGCGAUUUUCCUUCUUAUGGGCAUUGGCGUGUGCAUAACACUGUGUUGCUACUGCAACGGUGGAAAGCAGAAGCCAAGAAGAAACUCGAACGAAGAGUUUGCGUCGCCCAUGAGAAUGACCGACGUCUCCAGGAACAACGUAGACGCUGGAAAUCAACAACUGGCACCACAGGCCCAGCUAUACGCCCAGACGGCACCAUCACAAGCAUUUGUAUAUGGCCAGCCGAUACCGCAGCAUGGCUACAUCGAUCUUGAGUCCUCACCGCAGCAGUUGAAUUACGCGUACGGGCAGCCGGUGCCGUUGUAUUCAUACAAUGGGCAGUCUCAACGCGAGAAAUACGGAGUUUCCCUCGACGAAAGCCAUGUGGAAAAGUAA